AUGGCGACGGAAUCAAUCGAUACCUCGUCCGCGUACAAGGUCGAUUACACAUCCGAGAACGUUGUCAAUGCCUGGCAAUCAAAGCGCCUCCACAUGAUUCGCGUCGAGGUCGGCGACGAGCGCAUCCGUAAGGCCCUCGCUGGUAUCCAGCAGGACCCCGUAGUGACGGCUCUCGCCUCGAGCGCCGCUCUACAGCCUGUGGGCAAGAUCGAUCUAGACGGCCAAAUUUCCGCCAUCUCCAACGCCCUUCUCGGCGUGGCCAUUGCUCUGCGGCCUGAAGAGGCCAAGAGCCGCGCCCACCCAGUCGGCCACGACCCUGACCACAAGUCCGUCGUCAUCAUUGGCAGCAUGGCGCUCGGAUGGGGUGGCCUCUCGCCUCGGACCGCGCAUCACCGAACCGCCAGCAUGGGCAUCACGCUGGCCCGGGAGUGGCAGGACCGCGGCUACGGCGGCGAAGCCAUCAACUGGAUGCUGGACUGGGCCUUUGGCCACGCGGGCCUGCACACUGUUUCGCUGAGCGCCGCGGACUUUAACCAGCGCGGCAUCCAUCUUUACAAGAAGCUCGGGUUCCGCGUCGAGGGUCGUCGCAGGGAGACAAUCUACUUUAACCGGGGCUGGCACGACGAGAUUGAGUUUGGGAUCACGGAGCAUGAGUGGGAGGCUUUGCGACAGAGGAAGGUAUAA